GGCGCCGUGGAGCCGAGGCGGCGGCUCCUUGCCUUCUCCUCUCCCUCGGGCGGCGGAGGGCCCCGCCCGCGGCCGCGCCCGCGAGCGCCUCGCGCCGCUGCGGCAGAUGGAAGCGUUCGACCUGCCCCCGAGGCCUCCGCGCGGGGCGCCGCGGCGCCCCGCCACGGGUUCCUCCGCCUCCUCCUGGGACGACGCCCGGGACGAGCUGUGCGGCCACCUGCCUGGCGCCGCGGGGCCGCAGCGGCUCGUGCACCUGUCGGCCUCGCCCCUGGAGCUGCCACCCCUCGACGUGCAGGCGGACGUCGCGGGCGUGCGGGAGGCGCUGCCGCGCGGCCUGGUGGAGGUCGAGCCUGGCAUCGCGUCGGUCGCCUCGCUCGCCCAGGCCGCGACGCGGCGGGGCAGCUGGCUGCAUCUCAGCGCGCACACGGCGGAGAGGGGCCAGCUCCUCAUGCUCGAGAGGGAGGAGGGCCAGCUCUGCGUGGGCGUACAGCCGCUCGGCCUGGCCGAGCUGCAGCGCCUGCUCCGGGAGAGCGGGGGCGUCCGCUGCUCGCUGGUGGUGCUGGCCGCGUGCGAGUCGGAGGCCUUCGCCCGGGUCUUCCGCGCCGCGGGCGCCCGGCACGUGGUCUUCUGCCCGACCUCCAUCAGGGACCGGCGCGCGGCCAGCUUCGCCCGGAGCUUGUACGACUCCCUCGCGAACCACAUGUCGUUGGACCACGCCUUCGGCCUCGCCAGGUGCGCGGCCGAGCUGAGCGGGGAUGAGGCCCAGUACGGGCUGCUGUCCGACGGCGACCUGCGGCUCCAGAUGCUGGCCUCGCUCCAGCCGUCGCGAUUGGCGCCGCGCCAGAGCCGGUGGAAGACGCGGGCUCCAGCCCUCAGGCGCAGGAUCGAGGACUUCGUCGGGCGCGUGGACGUGAUGCGCGGCGUGCUUGCCUGCCUCGGAACGUCGGAGCGGCGCACCAUCCUGCUGCACUGUGCUGCGUCACUGGGCGUCUCCGCCACGCUGUGCGAGAUCGCCGACCUGGUGACGAGGCCAGGGCGGAGGUUCUCGAAGCCGGGCAGAUGCGCUUUCUUCCCCGACGAGGCGCCGGGAGGCUUGCUGAUCGUGGACAGUGCUGACGAGCUGACGGGCCACGAGCGGGAGCAGGUGCAGGAGCACCUGGCCGUACAGGGCUCCCAGCUUCUGGUGGGCUGCCGCUCCGUGGAGCGCGGGGGUCUCCUGGCGGGCGACAAUAAGCCCAUGCUGGUGGAGCUCCCGCCCCUGAGGGAUACCGAGGCGGCGGAGCUGUUCCUGAAGCGCUGCCAGCGCCCGCUGCAGGUCGCUGACCUCCUCACCCAGAGGGAGAUGGGGGCCCGCAGCCCCACCGAGGUCGUCGCCCGAGGCGAGGCCCUGAGACUCCUGCGGCAGCCGAUCGCCAUCUUCGCCGGCGUCCCGGGCAAGAUCCGCCUCGCCGUGGACGGCUGGGCCAGGCGCGGGUCCCCCACGCUCCACGGCGACCUCCGCAGGCUGGCCACCCCCGGUGGCGCGGCGGACCUACCGGUGCUGCCGGCUGGCACGGAGGCGCUGCCGGACGCGGUCGGGCGGAGGCGGCCCGCGGAGACGGGGCCCAUGUGGAGGGCCUGAGCUCCGCGCCUGGGCGCCGCGCUGCGGCAGCGGGAGAGGCCGCACUGCGCGGCGAGUUGGCGGCGCACCCAGCACGCCCGCGGCGUGCCAGGCCAGAGUGGACGCACUGCGCGGCGGCGGUGGCGGCACACUGCGGCGUGCCAGCUCGGAGGGGCCGCGCUGCACGGCGCACUUGCGCGGCGCACACCUGCUCGGCGCACACCUGCGCGGCGCACGCCUGCGCAGCGCGCACCUGCGCGGCGCGGCGCGCCCGCUGCAGCCGCGCGCCUGGCGCAGCCUCGAGGCGGGCUCAAGCGGUUCGCCGACGCGAGCAGGCAGGCCGCCAGCCAAGCCGACUUCGGGUCGGGGGUAGGGGGAUGGUUUUUAGCGACCGCGCCACGGCCACCUCCUAAGCAUGGAGGUGGCCCUUGCCUGCUGUCCAUGCCAGAGAAUUGAAUUCUGUGUUGUUCGCUUCGUCUUUGCGAGCGUCCGCUGUAGGCCUGUGGGGCUCGACUCGUCGGCGCCGAGUCGGCAUGCACCCCCGCUCGAGUAACAAGUGGGACUGCAUGGGGCCCACUCCCCAGAUGCAUUGAGCCUUGUUGCCCUCGUCGCGGUCAA